ACAGCAGUUUCACACUGAUUUUACACGAAUCCUACUGUUAAUGAGUUAAAAUUAAUAUUAUUUUCAAAGCUAACAAAUUGUGUCAUUACAGUUAAGGUAGAGUGGAGUAUUCUCUAAAUAAAACUUUUUGAAGUCGCGGAAGUCAUUUAUUGCAGUAUCACGGUAUCAGUAACCGUUUACUGUCACGCACGCGCUUCCCGCGGUUUCUUCUCUCAGGCGCGUUCUCUUGCACAGAAGAAUUCCCGGCGCGGGCUGCCGUUGAGCGCGUGCUCGAGCAGACGCGGGAGCAACGCUGGAAGGAUUAGAACAGAAUUCACAUGCACAACUCUUCUGCCGCUGUACAAUAUAUGAGGACGUGCAGCGGAAUCCACGUGGCAAAUACAUGAAUGGUUUUUGAAAUUCAUCCCAUUGUCCCCGCCUGGACACGAGAGUGAAGCGUUGGAAUAAAGCAGAUUUAGUUUAUGUCAGAUGAAUUUGCGAGACGCUGCUGUCAGACCUGCUGUAGGGAGGCAAAUGAAGGGCAGGGCCCCCCCUCCACCUCCACAUCCUCAGCCUGCCCCCCGCAAGAUCUUCCGUAAUGUGCCUGAUGGAGGAGGGUCUUCAGGGGGAGACAGCAAGGAAAACAUGCUUCGACCCAGUGUGGAUCUCCACAUCACUUUGCCUACAGGGUACCAGACCACCAUCAAUGUGGACGGCAGAAAAGCUCUGAUGGAUCUGUUGGUGGACCUGUGCAGUCAGUACCAUCUGAAUCCAGCAUAUCACACCCUGGAGCUACUGUCACCUGAUGCUCAGCUCAUUAGCUUCAAGCCCAAUGCCCUGCUGGGUGCCCUGGACAUAUCCUGCGCCCUGAUCAAAGAGCGAGUGCUGGAGGACAAGGUGAUCCGGAAACCUCCACCCAAAGUGCCAGAGAAAACUGUGCGUUUGGUGGUGAACUAUCACCGUAGUCAGAAGGCUGUGGUUAGAGUAAAUCCAUUGCCCCCCCUGCGUACCCUGGUGCCUGUGAUCUGUCAGAAGUGCGAGUUUGACCCGGCCCACGUUCUGCUGUUCCAAGACAAUAUCAGCCACCACGAGCUGGACCUGGAUAAGUCCCUGAGUGAGCUUGGUAUCAGGGAACUCUAUGUCCUGGACCAGACGCUAGUUCUGCAGCCUAAAAUGGCUUUGACACCUGCCCUGAACUACUCAGCAGAAUCUCUUCACUCUAACAGUCAGAGCCUUAGUGGAUCAGAGAAGAGAGGUCUGCUGGGGUUCCUCAAGUUUAAUCGCAGAAAAUCAAAGACUGGAGAUCAGUCCUCUGAGGACAUGGACAGUCUUGAUGAUGAUAGUGUUGUUGACAAUGCAGACACUAACAUUAAUGGUAUUAUGUCGAUGGUGGUAAGUGGCCCAUGUGUGGAGACCCGUCCCAGCACUCUGGGUCAGUCUCAAUCUGUGAUGAACAUCUCCAGGAUGUCCCCGAAAGUGGAGUUAAAGAAACGCAGGGCUCCAGCACCCCCACCAGCUCCCACACAGACAGUGCCACUGGCAUCACAGAUAAGAGAGCAUGGCUCUCCAUCCUCACACAACCAGCUAAAGAAGCGCAAGGCUCCAGCACCUCCGCCCACUCCAUCCCCCAGUACACCUGAGCCUGUUAUGCCCACCCCUGAGCACACCGCGCCUGUGCGGGCCCCCAGUAUCUCUGUGCCAUCUGAAAGGAUACUUCUGCAAGCUCCUGCCACCAAGUCUCCAGCCGAUGACUCCGUGUCUGAUCUGAGCCACAGUAUUGAGGAUUCAGAACCAGCCAGGUCCAUCUGCAGUAGCUCCAGUGGUGAUGAUGUAGCUGCAGGAUCCAGCAGCAGCAGUCUAGCUGAGGAACCUGAGGCACAUCAGGCACAUGUGAUAGCUGCUUACACCACAUCUAAACGAGAAGCUGAACCUGCGCUUAAAUACAAGGAAGAAGAAGCUCCCUACACUAUGACAGAACAAGAACCGGGUCCAAGUUCACCAGGUUCAAUAGCAGAAGACACAGAGGUAGCACUGGAGCUAAAAAUGGAUGAGAUGGAGAAUAACCGCAAUAGUGGAAUAGCAUGGCUGUAUUCAGCUCACGAGACUGUGUCGAAGAAGACUGCAGAGCAGGAGAUGGAGACGGUGUCUGUGGCCAGCAGUGAGAGUUUUGCAGACCAGGGCUAUGCAGCAUCAGAGGGCAUGGCCGAGGUUCAGGUUCCGGUGUCUCCAUCUGACAGGAUCCAAUCUGCAUCACCUGUGGACAUAAUUUCUUGUAACAGUGGCUCAGCUCUGCCUGUGGAGCAGUCCAAAGACUCUUCCAGUGACAGCGAUGAGGGCUGUGCGACCUGGGGCUCCAGACAAAGUGGGAAAACUCAGCGAGGACAUCAGCCAAUCAAGAGACAGAACACCUAUGAAGAGGACUCAGAGAUCACCGCUCAGAUACACCUAACCCUAGCCGAUUUAGAUGCAAAUCUGGCUGACAUUAAUCAAUCAGAUGGAGCACCUGUUUUUGUAGAUGAUGAAAUCCCACUGUCCAUUGUUGACAUGGACAUUCCAGUUACAACCAUUGACGAAGUUCCUGAUAAUGACCGAUGCAGCACAAGUGAGUGUGAGGCGACGUCAUUGUGCAGCACUCAAAACAUCAUCAGCCAACCUUGUACACCUUGUAAGGCGAUCCAAAACAAAAACAACAAUGCCUGUCUGACAGAGCAGAAAAACCUGAGUCCAUCUUCAGCCACUCAGAAGCAGUCCCAAGACAUUAAGCUAUUAGACAUUGAGAAACACGUGAGUCCAUCUUCAACUACUCAGAAGAGGUCGCAAAAGAAUAAGCUCACAGAUGAUAAGGAACAGAAAGUUGUCUUGAACCCUGACACUAAGAGUAAAGCUGAAACUGAAGACCUAAAGAGCCAGAAAGACAUUGUAUCUCAGAAACCUCCAAGUCCUGUUUUAUAUUCUACAAUUAAAAGUAUUCAAAAGAUUCCUGAGGACAGACUACAGCCCGCACUUAUGGUCCAAAGACAUAGCACAGAGACUACUAAUGAAGACACAAGACCUACCAACAGAGCCCCUGCAACUCAGGGUAAAAUCACCCAGAGUUCUUUCUCUCGUUUUGGAAUGAAAACAUUCACAGUCAUUCCUCCCAAGCCAGCUGUGUCCCAGACUACCAAGCCUAUGGGCUCUCUAGUCAUAGGUGCCAUUAAGAUUGAUGAACAGGGCAACAUGGUUACAAAAAUGCAGAUUACUACAGCCUCAGAAAAACGUGGCAGCCCUGAAGAGGUCACUAGUGCAACAGAAUCCUCACUGGGAAAAGCCAAAUCUUUCUGGAGCUCUGCAGAGAAGCAAGACCAAUCAACUACCACCAACCAAGGACCCAUGGUGAAGAAUAGAGAAGCUGAUGUGUUUAAACCUUCAAUUGAAUCUGGAGUCUCUAAACUUUCGGAGAAAUCACUUAUUGAGGAAGCGCCCAAAGAGAUCAUUAUGUUGGAAAAGAACCCCAUAUCUGUAGUGGCAAGUAAGCCAUUGAUCCCAGAGCCUGUAGAGUAUUCCAAUUUCACAGCUAAAAAGCGAGAUCUCUCAUUUCUUAAACCCUCCAGAAGAACAUCUAGCCAAUACGUAGCUUCAGCCAUUGCUAAAAACAAUGGCUUUACCAACACUAAAAUAAAUAGCAUUCUGGAGCCAACAGAGUCCAAUGCUGGUUUUCAAAAUCUACCCAUCUAUCAAAGGUUUAAUAAUGAGAUUAGACCUACAAACACACUUCCAAUGGGAUUGUUUAAGCCUGCUACCACUUUGAAACCUACAGAAAGUUCAGUGCCUUCUUUUGGGGGCUCUAAACACUUGCAAAGUUACCCCAGUCAUGUUGUGGAAAAGCCAAGUUCUAAACGGAUUAGUAGUGUUGAAAAAGGCAUUCUGCAUGGGGAAGACAAAACCAAAUUUGUGGACUCACAACCCAUAUAUAACAAAGUCCAGCCUUCAAAAUGUAUUUCCACUUAUAUUAAAUCCUUUGAAUCCAAUUCAGAAGAAGCCACAUCAGUCAAUAAGUUCCCAGACAUCUCCUUACCUCGACAGAUGCCAACAGACACCACAUGUCCACCACUUUCAAAGAAGCCAGAGUUAAACAAAUCAGAGAUUCUGUCUGAACCAAACCAGGGUAACAUGUUUGGACCAGUUAAGAAGAUCAAACCUGUUGUUUUUAAGCCUGUCCAAAAGGAAACUUCUCUCCAUAGCUCGCUAAUGGAGGCUAUUCAGUCUGGAGGUGGGGUUGAAUGCCUCAAAAAGGUAUCUGAUUCUUCUAGCAGUUACACUGUUAAGAAGCCAUCUUUCGUUGAUGUAGAUAAUGAGCAUUCUGCACUUUUAUCUGAGAUAAGAGCUCCAAGAAACUCUGCCAGACUGAAGAAGACCAAAUCAGGAGCAGCUAAGGAGCUGGAGCAGCACAGGAAGGCUGAGGAGGAAAGAAAUCUCCAGAGAGAUAUGAUCUCACCUCCUCCAACCCCUCCUGCUUUUGUGGCACCCCCACCUCCAGCCUUUAGACCUCCCCCACCUCCUGCUCCAGCUCCAGCCAAGCCACCUCUAGUGCUGCCCGCUGGGGGGAACCCAGAGAUGGCCCGAGAGGCUCUUCUGGAGGCCAUCCGCUCUGGCUCUGGAGCCCAACGACUGAGGAAGGUACCUGUCACACAGACAAGAAGGCAAGUGAAUGGGAGACUUGGCACCAUUCAAGCAACAUCGCCACUUUCUCACGGACACUAGAAACUUUCACUGGAUCAUUGUUUGGGUUUUCAAUAAAUCCACAGCCAAAUCUGGUGUUUGAGCAUUUAUGCUAAUGCUGUUGCAGAUAAUGCUAACACAGUCUUCAGAGCCUUCUUUAUUUAUAGUGAUAUGCUGCUUCACAUCUGUGCCAAUAAUAAUUUGCUUAGAUUCAGGCAGUUUGUGUCCUUCUACUGACAUGCUAAUGAUGACGUUGAAUUUCUUGGUUAAUGCUGCUAGCAGUUUAAUAUUGUUUUUUUUUUGUUUUUUUUUUUCAUAAAAGUCUGCCUGACCUCUAUAUCUUUAUCAUUAUUAUACCUGAAUAUAUUAUGCAGGUAUUUUCUGUUGAAUCACAGUAUAAGAUGGCUGCAGUUAAAUCCACCUGCAAUAGUCCUUGGCAAUAUGCUUGUUGAUUUUUCUUUUUUUAAAGCAACACUAGGUUGUAAAGUGGGAAGUAUGUUAAACCGACAUAUUUUUAUUUAAUUGUUAUUUUACAAUGUUUUUCUCUUUAAAUGUUUAGUUUCACAGUUCUCAGUACUCUCAGAAUAAUCAUUAGAGUUCUUUACAGGUACAGUUCUUGACAAUGUGAAUUGUUUUUGAACCAUUGUAGAUACACAUGCUGCAUGUUUGACCAAUACAAAUGCAUCUUUAAAAAUAAUUUUCUAAAGCAAAUUUUUAAAACACUUGACUAAUAGGUACUAAAUUACAUGGUUAAGACAUAAUUAUAAUAUAAUCAAUGCCUUCUCAUUAAGCUACUAGACAAUUGUGAUCUAAACUAGAGCUGUCGUGGUGCUUCAGCUUUAUUGUAUGUUAUUGGGAAAAUUAUACACUUCUAGAAUUUAUAGUAAAUUGUUUAAUAUAUUCACACAAGUUGUAAAUCUUUGUUGUUGUCAUUUAGUACUAUAUACUAUAUGACAUACCUGUAUGGUUGUAAUCUUACUGAAUCAAUGACUUAAGUAUACACAAGUCAAAAGUUGUAUAUUUUGUAAAAAAAAAAAAAAAAAAAUUAUAUAACAUAUAUGUGUGUGUGUGUGUGUGUGUGUAUGACACUAAUAUACAGUUUCAGAUUUAACACUACAGCAUUAGUGUAAUGAAAGAAAUUUUCACAUUUUUAAAUAAUACUUGUAAAUCAAUAAACUAAAUUUGACUUA